UGACUCUGUCCCAUCCCAAAUAGACGGUACGUGUCUCUGUGACUGCGAGGAGAUUUGAGCGUCUCGGACCAGAAGUCGCAACCCUCAUCAUCUUCCAUCUCGCCCUCAAAUCUGUUUUCAAAUUCCCCAAUUUCUAAUGGCCUCUGGAUUUAGCGGCGAUGAAACAGCGCCUUUCUUUGGCUUCCUUGGCGCUGCCGCUGCCCUUGUUUUCUCUUGUAUGGGAGCUGCCUAUGGGACUGCCAAGAGCGGUGUCGGAGUAGCGUCAAUGGGCGUGAUGAGACCGGAGCUCGUGAUGAAAUCAAUAGUUCCUGUAGUCAUGGCUGGAGUCCUCGGUAUCUAUGGUUUGAUCAUUGCUGUUAUUAUUAGCACUGGGAUUAACCCUAAAGCCAAAUCAUAUUACCUCUUUGAUGGUUACGCUCACCUUUCUUCGGGUCUGGCUUGUGGUCUCGCUGGCCUUUCUGCUGGUAUGGCUAUUGGUAUUGUUGGUGAUGCUGGCGUUAGGGCUAAUGCACAACAGCCAAAACUUUUUGUUGGCAUGAUUCUCAUUCUAAUCUUUGCUGAGGCACUGGCUCUGUAUGGACUCAUUGUUGGCAUCAUCCUUUCUUCCCGAGCUGGCCAAUCCAGAGCUGAAUAGGAUGCCUGGUUGUUCGCAUCACUUCAAGUUAUUCUGAGUUUGGUGAUGCGAGUUGAUAGUGCAUGUGUUUUAUCAAGUUAUUUGUCAUGCACGUGAUUUCCUUCAAAUUUAUUAGUGGGCCCUUCAAAUAAAGUUGGCAUGAUUCUUGAUAUCUUUGUUGUAUUCUACAUAAAAAUAGUUCAAACUUGCAAAACUAGUGUCCGCGUUUUUUGAGUAUAAACUUGUCUUUUCUUUUUCUUCUUC